CUCGACUCACGCGAGGCGAAAGGUCCGCUCUAAUGUUUUAACAUGACACAUUAAUACACCAACAAGUUUAGUGAAAUAGAUUAAUAAUCAAGUUUAUCCUGUGGAUAUACUCUGGGACAUAUUUAUUUCGUCCGAUAAUUUGGGAAAAACCCAACAGGGCAACAUGUCGAAGAACGGAAGCAUAAAGGAAGGAGAAAAGGGCCCGUAUGACCCGGUGGCCACUAGUGAAAAUGCCGAUGGGGGCGGUGAAAUCAAACUGGAAGCAAAAAUGUCACUGAUAAACGGUGUUACUGUUAUCGUCGGGUCAAUCAUCGGCUCCGGUAUCUUCGUGAGUCCCACUGGGGUCCUUAUGCACACCGGUAGUGUCAAUGUGGCACUCAUGGUCUGGACAGCAUCGGGAAUUUUCUCUAUGGUGGGCGCCUACUGUUACGCGGAGCUCGGCUGCAUGAUAAAAAAAUCAGGAGCCGAUUAUGCCUACAUAAUGGAGACCUUCGGUCCCUUCGCAGCCUUCAUAAGGCUCUGGGUGGAGUGCAUGAUAGUGAGGCCCUGCAGUCAAGCGAUAGUGGCCCUGACGUUCAGUAUCUAUGUCCUGAAGCCAUUCUUCCCGGAAUGCACACCCCCGGAUGACGCUGCGCGGCUUCUCGCCGUCGUCUGCAUAUGUACACUAGCGUUCGUCAAUUGCUGGGACGUAAAGUGGGCGACAAGAGUCCAGGAUGUCUUCACGUACGCCAAACUACUAGCCCUGUUUGUCAUAAUUGCGGCUGGUGGUUAUCAACUGUGCCGAGGACACGUUGAGCAUUUUACGUUUGAGGGUACCAAUACCGAGGUGACCUCCAUCGCCCUGAGCUUCUACUCGGGCCUCUUCGCCUACAACGGCUGGAAUUACCUCAACUUUAUCAUCGAGGAGCUCAAGGAUCCUGUAAGAAAUUUGCCAAAGGCCAUUGCCAUAUCCUGCACCCUCGUAACUAUUGUUUACGUACUGACUAAUGUCGCAUUUUACACGACUCUGAGCAUUAAGGACGUGCUGGCCAGUGAAGCUGUUGCUGUUACAUUCGCCAAUCGACUUUUUGGCGUGAUGGCCUGGACCAUACCGGUGUUUGUCGCCCUGUCAACGUUUGGAGCUGUCAAUGGAAUUUUGCUGACUUCGUCUAGGCUUUUUUAUGCCGGAGCUUGCGAGGGACAGAUGCCUGAAAUACUCACCAUGAUUCAGGUGUCCAGACUGACUCCAGCACCGGCUGUUCUCUGCAUGGCGCUGCUGUCGAUGCUCUACCUGACCUCCUCGGACAUAAAUGCCCUAAUAAAUUACGUCGGUUUUGCUACUUGGUUGAGCAUAGGUGUGUCGGUAUUGUGCGUACCCUGGCUGAGAUGGGCACAGCCAAAUCUACCUCGUCCAAUCAAGGUCAAUCUUGCAUUCCCGAUAUUCUAUAUUCUUGCGACACUUUUUGUCACACUUGUGCCGAUGUAUGCGAGUCCUGUGGAAACUGGAUACGGUUGUCUCAUGAUAUUCUCGGCUGUUCCUGUUUACUUCGCGUUUAUUGCGUGGAAAAACAAGCCGAAAUGCUUCGUCAAGGGUGUCGGCGCUGUGACUCAAUUGAUCCAGAAGACAAUGGUUGUCGUUGGACCAAAGACUAAGUAAUGACUACGAGGUUUUUGCAAAAGCUCAUGGUUGUAGUCGGUAAGGCGAAACCCGCUCAGGUGUAAACGGCCUAAGGAAAAACGAAAGAAAAACCAACAAAAACAAAACAUGAAACUGAUUAUCAGAUCUAUUGGCGGACGGUGGUUCAUGCAGCGACUCCGAGAGCUGUGAAAUGAACAAUAUUUUUUUAUUUAUUACUGAGAAAUAUGAAACAAAAAUAAUGGCCGUCUGACAGCAAGAGACAGCCAGUAAUUGAAGGAGGACGCGCCAAUCAUUAUCGUCAUUAUUUAAUUUGAUUAUCGGAGCAUUUUCUUAGGGGCCCCCACGGAAAAAUUUAUAUUUUAAAAAAUAUAGAAAAAAAUAUCUUAAAUUGGUCCAAUUUAUAUGACAAAUAUUUAAACUAUAUGGCGUAUUGUAUCUUUUAUAUAAAUUUUUCUGUGGGGAAAAUAGUGGGUCUGCGCACACUCGAUCAUUCCACCGCCGUCCACAAUUAAAUAAUAUUCAUCGAGAAGUUACAAAAUUGUAAACACAACUGCCAGAAAUCAAGAGUCAUUUUCUCAUUAUUUAGUUUCAUUAAUUCUCCACUUAAGGCAUUCCAGUAAUCUUAGAAUGAAAAUGGACAGACAUCACGACAUAUCCGUAGUUAUAAUUGCGAAAUUUUCCAAUUGGGGUUUCGCAGGAAAUUUUCACACUCGCGUGGCACUAAAAUUGUGGAUUUACUGCAAUUUCGCUCCACAUUGCGAAGUUGAGAAUAUUGGAUAAUGUGUUAAACCGGCCCAUUAUUACCGUGCCCUGUACCCGCAGGGCGAAACCCUGGAAUUACGAAUUAUUUUAAAGCUCACCCUAAUCUAUCCUCGUAUUUGUUGUAUUUUAUUUAUAAAAAAAUGAGUAUUUUUUCCAACGCAUUUGAAUGAGUAAAUUUUUACUCAAAAGUAUUCUUGUGCAACUUAAAGGCUUUUGACUGAAAUUAUUUCGAAAGUCCUCCGUAAUCUGCGAUUAAAAACAAAUUACUGAUUUUUUUGCCACUCGAUAAAUUCCUGCAGGACUUCAAUUCCUCCUUAGAGUUUAUACAGGGUAUUCCUUUCGAGUGAACCGACCAUUCCACUAAUGUUUUAAGGAUUCCUUAACAUCUCGAUUAAUUUAAAACGUAUCGAUCACUGACGACCCGCAUUAGCGCACUCUGUGACAAUAAACCAUUGACUGACUAAAUUCGAAAGUUAAUUUCGAGAGGUGAAUAGUCUAACGAUUUGCACUUAGACUACAGCAGGCAUUUUUGUAUGUUAAUUUUUUAUCACGUUCGCAAAUUAGUUCGUACGAGUGUACUUGAGCCGACCAAGUGAUGAAGCGUGCUAGAAUUUUGCAUUAAUAUAUUUCCGCUUGUAAUUAUUUGGCCCGGGAAGCUGACGGCAUUUGGUAGCUUAGGAUCUGAACGGAGGAAACUAAACGUUGAUGUUUAAUCACACUAACGAGCAGACUAUUGGACGUUUAAAAUUUAAGAGCAAUGAAAACAUUUUCAAAAAGAGAAAAAAAAAGAAACUAUACUGUGACAAUAUACCUAUAUUAUACAUGUUUAAAAAUUCAUGUAAAUACGCGAUGAUGAGUAAUAAUCACUACCUCAUUGUCCGAGCUGCCUUUCGGUCGUUGAAACGAGGAAAAAAAUAUUGAAGGCCGGUAAAUUUCAUUGGAAUGACUUCUUGGAAAUACGGAGAGAGCGCAUAAAUGCCUUCGCUGCGGUGCGAUAUUUAAUGUUAAUGAUAAAACCCUGUGUUACUGAUGUUGAUGAGCAUUGACUGGAGUCUUCCCGUUGAAAAAUAUUAAAGAAAUAUCACAACGAUCGAUCGAUUGGGCCAUGAAAAUUCAACUCCGUAAUUACCUGAACUUGAGAUCAUUGUUGAAAUUACAUCAAUAUUAUAUUUAUGAAAUAAAUCGAUUUUUCCUCUGA